AUGUAUGUAAAAGACAUCAUAUUCGACGGCCUUACAGAGCUCUACAAGCACCCAGAUAACGAGAGCCUCCACCAGCAGAUCGGCCAGACCAUCAAGGAUCGAGUGUCAGUCCAGGCCAUCAUCGAGCAUCAGGCGAGGCUCGGAGAAAUGGCGAAGCCAAUACAAGACUCCUCUACUAUUUCAGAACUCCUGAGAGAGUCGGAUGGUGAUGACAUGGACUACCAACAAGAUAUGGAGGCAGUGCAAAACCUCCUGAAGAUAAUAGCCGAUCAGAAGAUGGAAGACCAGUCGAGUCCCACGCUGAGCGAACUAGAGAAGCUCCUGGGGGCAACAGCAGCAAUCCUAAGCGACAUGACAUCGCCACGAGAAGAGUUCGAAGAAGCCGCCAGGCCGGGACCGGACCUUGUGCUUAAUCUAGAAAAGGAAAACCUCAUUGAGAUGUGGGAUUACCUGUGCAAGAAUUCAAGGAUCAAUACCAGAUGUAGCCGAGCCAACAAGAAGAACGGAAAGGUGGCACCGAAAAAGGCUUGA